GGGCCGAGGAUCAUAUACAAUCGUUCUCUUUCGAUCCUGCAUCCUCGCUUUUGUAUUUUUGUAUUGAUAGAAAUCUCUCUCGCUCACAUAUGGAUAGCGUCGAACGCAAUCCCCACGAAUGCGAUCCAACAAGCAACUCCAUUGCAUAGCUCUUCCGCAUGUUUCUGGCGCCUUGAAGUCUGUAAAUGUAAUUGGUUUCAUUCAAAGCAAAACCAAAACCUGUUGCCAAUAGUAGCCAACUUGGCCUUGCAAUUUCUGGAAUAGAAGAAGAUUUUUUAUUUUUCAAAUAGCAAGACCAAUCUGAGAUAUAAGAUUUGGAAGAAUAUGUUAUGAUGCAGGUUUCUGAGGACACAGCUAUGAUGAUUGAGUCUUAUCGCAACCAGGCCGAGGUUCUGGUCAGGAACUACUUACUAGCAGAUCCUUUCAUCCCAUACACUUCCAUCAUUAGCGGCAUUUUCAUGUGCAAAAUGGUAUAUGAUCUCACUCAAUUGAUCAGUUCUUUUUACUUCAAGGGCUAUCAUGGGCUCACCAAAAUCCAACGCAUUGAGUGGAACAAUCGGGGUAUUUCUACUGUUCAUGCCAUUUUUAUCACAGUUAUGUCUAUGUACUUAGUUUUCUUCUCCAAUCUCUACUCCGAUGAUCGACUUGCUGGCCUCAUUGUGUUCCGAAGUUCGCAACUCUCUUCCUUUGCAUUGGGGGUUUCCGUGGGGUACUUCAUUGCAGACAUUGGAAUGAUAUUUUGGCUCUAUCCUUCUCUAGGCGGAAUGGAGUAUGUGCUCCAUCAUUUGCUUUCUUUAGUUGCGAUAGCAUAUUCCAUGUUGUCUGAGGAAGGGCAGCUUUAUACAUACAUGGUUCUCAUCUCUGAGUCAACUACUCCAGGAGUCAAUUUGAGAUGGUAUCUUGACACAGCUGGAAUGAAAAGAUCCAACGCAUAUUUUGUAAAUGGAGUCAUGAUGUUCUUUGCCUGGUUGGUAGCGAGAGUUCUCUUGUUCGUUUACCUGUUUUAUCAUAUCUAUUUGCAUUACAAUCAGGUGGAGCAGAUGCAUGCCUUUGGUUUUCUGUUGGUAUUCGUGGUCCCUGCCCUGCUGUCGAUCAUGAAUCUGAUGUGGUUUGGGAAGAUCAUCAAGGGUCUGAAGAAAGCAUUAGCAAAGAGGCAAUGAAGUAUGUAUUCAUAUGCAAUCUCUUCUUCUUCUCCCUCCCUCCCUCUCUCCCCCCUCCCCCCCUCUUUGGGUUUUUCCACUUGCAUUCUUCUCACAUCUUCCUCUGUAUAAAAAAAUCAUAUCACACCUUGUAAUGGAGCGGAAAUGCGAAUGAAAGAUGGAGAGGGAAAAACACAAAAAGAAGCUGACGCAUGGUUAUGAUGUCAA